AUGAGAAUUCAUACGUGUCAUUUUUGUUCCUCUCCCGUAUAUCCUGGUCAUGGUAUAAUGUUUGUUCGUAACGAUGCCAAAGAGUUCAGAUUCUGCCGUUCUAAAUGUCAUAAAGCAUUCAAGCAACGUAGGAAUCCAAGAAAGUUGAAAUGGACCAAGGCUUUCAGAAAGGCUGCUGGUAAGGAGUUGGCCGUUGAUUCUACUUUGACUUUUGCCCAGCGUAGGAACGUUCCAGUUAGAUAUAAUAGAGAAUUAGUGGAAACCACACUAAAGGCUAUGGAUAGAAUUGAAGAGAUUAGAAAGAAACGUGAAAGAGCGUUCUAUAAGAACAGAAUGAAGGGUAAUAAGGAGAAGGACUUCAUGAGAGACAAGGCCUUGGUGGAAUCCAACCCAGAAUUGUUGAGAAUAAGGGAAGUUGAGCUGGCGCAACAGACUGCAAAGGAGGCUGCUCAAGAAGAAGAUAUGGAGGUUGAUGAAGAUAUGGAAGUGGAAGUGGAAUCUGAAGAAGAGUCUGAGGAAGAAGAACAGCAGCAAAUGAUUAAAUUGAAGAACAAGAGGUCUUCCAAGAAAAUACAAUUUAAAUGA